UAAACAAAUUUUAAGGCAUACUGCACAACUCCCGCUCCUUCCUUCAAUCAUAUCUAUAAAGUACAACACACACCUUGUAUUCCCACCUCCCCACAAAUCAUACACAUUUCUCAAACCUCAGCCAAAAAAAAAAAAAAAAAAAAAAAGAGAGAAAAAUUUGCCUUCAACCAGAAAGAAGAACUUGUUCUUUUGGGUUUUGCUAGAGCAGAUUACCGGAUUUUGUUUCUUGAGGUUCAAGAAUUCGUAUUUUUUUUUUCAGUCGAAGAUUGUUGGGAAAAAUGGAAGGCAAGGCACAUGAGAAUGAUCUCAACCUCAAGGCAACAGAGCUGACACUAGGGUUGCCAGGGAGAGAUGAAACUAGUGAGCUUCCUAAUCAAACCAAGAAGAGAUCACUGCCAGCUGAUUUAAAAAAUGAAGAAGGAAACCCUGAUGCUAAAAAUGCUCAAAAGGAAACUGCUCCUUCUGCAAAGGCACAAAUAGUGGGGUGGCCACCAAUCAGAUCUUAUAGGAAGAACAGCCUCCAGGUAAAUAAGAAUACUGAGCCUGAAACUGCUGCUGGGAUUUAUGUGAAAGUAAGCAUGGAUGGAGCACCUUACCUCAGAAAGAUUGACCUUAGGGUUUACAAAUGCUACCCAGAACUCCUCAAGGCCUUAGAAGUCAUGUUUAAGUUUACUAUAGGCCAAUACUCAGAGAGGGAAGGCUACAAGGGAUCAGAAUAUGCACCUACUUAUGAGGACAAAGAUGGUGAUUGGAUGCUGGUUGGAGAUGUUCCAUGGGAUAUGUUCAUGUCAUCCUGCAAGAAGUUGAGAAUCAUGAAAGGGUCAGAAGCCAGAGGCUUGGGGUGUGGUGUAUGAAAAAGACAGGUCACCCAUAAGAGCAAGGGAGAAGAAAAGAUAUAUCAUCUCUCUCUAGAUCUCAUGAUAUGUAGAGAAAAUUAAUCUCACAGCUUGGGUUAUCGACAAACUAAAGAUAUUCAGAUCUUAUUGUCCUCAAUUACUGACAUGCCUUUUCUUGAUUUGGUUGGGAUUGUAGAUAGAAGCAGAAGAUAAUCAACUGAAGUAAAUACAGAUUCAUUCCACAAAGUUUGGGUAGCAAGAUUUGUUUGCGGUAUGAGUGCAUCUUUGGUCGAUGCUAUAUCGUGUUGUUUCUGAUGAUUCAGUCAAACCAAACUGCAUACAGAGAGGGAUUUUGGUUCCAAAUAGGUUGUUCAAAAAUGAACAAAAUAUGGCAUGUUUCAUGUUUUGGUUAUGAAUUAUGUACUUUUGAUAUUUGGUAUGGAUAUAUAAUAAAAAGCUACAUUUUGAGUGUAUAUGUGGGUAGACCGCAUGCAGAUUUUGUACUCUUUUCUUGUAAUACAAGUUGAAAAAGAUUACUAGAUA